AUGUCAACGAGGAGUAGUCCGAAUCUUCCUGUCACCCUCUCGCCUUCCAUCCAUGAAGUAGUCAGUGGGCAAGGCCAUCACCACAGCCGCCUCCAUUUGCCGACGUGUAGGAGCGGGCAGACGUGCAGACGUGACAUCCAACUAAUAUCUCCCACUGGAGAGCGCCGGAGCCACGACCUGGCCUCCGCUUACAGUAUUGGCUGA